ACUCCCUCUUCCAAGAUCUGGGGAGACUGAAGGCCCGGCCGGCUCACCUCGGGGUUUUCCUGCGCUACAUCUUUUCUCAGGCGGAUCCGAGCCCUCUGCUGCUGUACUUGUGUGCAGAUGUUUGCCAGCAGAUGAGCCCCAAGGAGGCUCGGGGGCUCAGCAAAGACAUCUGGAACAUCUUCUUGGACAAGAAUGCGCUUCUGAGAGUGAAGGUUCCCGACCCAUUACUGGCUGAAAUAGACUCUCGCCUGCGGAACGGGGAGGACCCUCGGAGCUCGUUCUCAGAGGUGCAGGAGGCUGUCAUGCCGGAGAUCCAGGAACAGAUCCAGGACUACAGGACCAAGCGGACCAUGGGGCUGGGGAGCUUAUAUGGGGAGAACGACCUGAUGGACCUGGACGGAGACCCCCACAAGGAGCGGCAAGUGGCCGAGAAGCAGAUCGCUCACCUGGGGGAAAUACUGUGCAAGUAUGAAGAGGACAGGAGCUCCCCCAUGAGUUUUGCCCUGAGCACCUACAUGAGCCACCUGGGAAUCCGCGUCAGGGAGCCCCGCCCGGCCAGCGCUGCGGAGAAGCUCCAGGCCCAGGAGAAGGAGAAGUGGCUGCCGUUCUUCCCCAAGGCCAAGAAGAGCAGCAGCACCAAGAAGGAGAAGGAGGGCAGCACGGAGGAUAAGCGGCGGAACCCCAUCCUGAAGUACAUUGGGAAGCCCAAGAGCUCCUCCCAGAGCACAUUUCAUGUCCCCUUGUCCCCCGUUGAAGUUAAGCCAGGCAAUGUGAGGAACAUCAUCCAACACUUCGAGAACAGCCAGUAUUACGACCCCCAGGAACUCGGCCUGCAGCGCCUGUCGACCGGCAGCUUCCCCGAAGACCUUCUGGAGAUGGACAGUUCCAGGGCCGAGGUGAAGCUGGGCCGGUCCGAGAGCCUGAAGGGCCGAGAGGAGCUCAAGCGGCUGCGGAAGGCAGAGAACGUGCCUCGCUCCCGGAGCGACGUGGACAUGGAGGCCGCGGCUGAAGCCACGCGGCUCCACCAGUCGGCCUCCUCCUCGGCCUCCAGCCUCUCGGCCAGAUCGCUGGAAAACCCGACUCCACCCUACACUCCCAAAAUGGGGCGCAGGAGCAUUGAGUCCCCCAACCUGGGCUUCGGCGCAGAGGCCGUCCUGCCUCACGUCUUGGAGGACGACUUCAGCCACCUCUCGGACCUGGAGCCGGAGCUGGACUCUCAGAACUGGCAGCACACGGUCGGCCGGGACGUGGUGGCCUUUCUGCCCCAGAGGGAGGUCGACCGCCAGGAGGUCAUCAACGAGCUGAUUGUGACGGAGGCCUCUCACCUGCGGAUCUUGCAUGUCCUGGACCACGUCUUCUACAAGCGCAUGAGGAGGGAGAACCUGGUGUCGCGGGAGGAGUUGGCGCUGCUCUUCCCCAACCUACCAGAGCUGAUCGAGAUUCACAAUUACCUGUCGGAAUCAAUGAAGAAGCUCCGGGAGGAAGGACCGGUGGUCAAGGAGAUCGGGGACCUCAUGCUGUCCUGGUUUGAUGGGCCGGCACGUGAAGAGAUCCAGCAGGUGGCCGCCGACUUCUGUGCCUACCAGUCUGCGGCCAUCGAGCUGAUCAAAACCAAGAAGCGGAAGGAGACUCGCUUCCAGCUCUUCAUGCAGGAGGCCGAGAGCAACCCGCAAUGCCGUCGCCUGCAGUUGAAGGACUUGCUCAUCUCGGAGAUGCAGCGGCUGACCAAGUACCCAUUGCUGCUGGAUAAUAUCAUCAAACACACCCCUGGGGAGACCCUGGAACACAAGAAGCUGUGCCGGGCCCGGGACCAGUGCCGGGAGAUCCUGAGGUACGUGAACGAGGCCGUGCGGCGCGCCGAGAACCAGCACCGGCUGGAAGCCUUCCAGAAGCGCCUGGACGCCACCUCGCUGGAGCGCACCAGUAACCCGCUGGCGGCCGAGUUCAAGAAUCUUGACCUCCGAAGUCGGCGCAUGAUCCAUGAGGGACCGCUGAACUGGCGCAUCAGCAAAGACAAGACCGUGGAGCUGCACGUGCUGCUGCUGGAAGACCUCCUGGUGCUUCUCCAGAGGCAAGACGAGAAGCUGGUGCUGAAAUGCCACAGCAAGACGGACACCAAGCAAACCUUCAGCCCGGUCCUCAAGCUCAAUUCGGUCCUCAUCCGCUCGGUGGCCACAGACAAGAGAGCCCUCUUCAUCAUCUGCACCUCGGAGUUGGGGCCUCAGAUCUAUGAGCUGGUGGCUUUGACCUCCUCAGAGAAGAACACGUGGAUGGAACUGCUGGACGAGGCCGUGAAGAGCUCCACGCGGAACGCCACUCUCCCUCCCACGCACCGCCUGCAGGAGCGGCCUGUGCCCCGACCAGCACCUGCCAGUCUGGACCCCCAGGAAGCGGACAUCCCGCCAAGGCUGGCCCACGGAGACGGUGCUUCCAGCCAAGAAGCAGAAGAAGAGGCCGCUUCAGAUGAGACCCCCACAGAGGCCCUGGACGCAGAGAAGAAUCCGCUGCUGCCGGGAGAACCGGAGGCUGAAGACGGCCAGGAGGAAGGGGGAGAAUUGCGGCUGGUGGCCGUGGGAGGCGAGGAGACGCUCUCCGAGGAGGAGGAGGAGGAGGAGGAGGAGGAGGAAGAGCAGCCGGGCCUUGCCGGGCCUCUGGAGCCCCUUCCGGCCCCUGUCGCAGUGACAAGUCUGGUCGAGUCAGCCUUGGAGGACGUGGAGACCCUUCGCAGCCUCCUGCUGCAGAAACUGCUGCCCUGCCGAGACCCCGACCCCGAAGAGGACCUGACCCCCACCCCCUCCGUGGUUGGCUCCGUGGGGCUGGCGCAGCAGGACUCCGGGAGCCAGCAGCAGGAGGUGCCGGAGGGCAGGGCCCCCCCUCUGCCGUGUGGCCAUCGGCCGGAGGACUCUGAGCUGGACGGUGACGGCCCCGAAGCCCCCGGGGAGCAGAGCGCGGGGCCGGCGCAGGAGGCAGAGGCCGGCUGUCGUGCGGACGGGACGCACUCGCCCACUUGGGAGGCGGAGGGGCCCGCAGCUGCCGAAGGGCAGGGCAGCUUCCGAGUGGUGCGGAAAGGGAACUACUUCUAUGUUAGCUUCCCAGGCAGCGGUGAGUCCCACACAGAUGGGGAGAGCCCGUGCCCCCCAGAGACUCUGGGCCAGCCAACGACUGCGUCUUCUGCCAGACCCCAUAGCUCCCAGCAGCACCCCGAGGACAGCCCGCUGCGGCCGAACGCCCUCGAUGGCUCCAUGCCUGGCCAGUCGGGGCCCCCCAGUUACGUGACCCAGGACGUGGCUGUGAUCUUCCGGACGAUAGAACAGCUGGCCCUGAAACUGACCAAGCUAAAGGACGUCGAAAUGGCCCAUCUGCAGCUGCGUCAAUCGCUGAGCAGAGAGGCCUCCGUGGACGCUCCCCACACGGCAGAGGCACCAGAGGAGCCCGGCAGGUCAUCACAAGACUGCCAAGAUAGCCCCCGUCACCCUUGGUCCUUCCCACCAUCCCCAGGAGCUGAGCCGGACAGCCACCAAGAAGUGACUCUCUAGGGAACCCGUCUUUUCCCAGAGGAAGACUCCCGAGCCGGCUUCGCCUGCCUCCGCGUCCCCUCCUGCAGGGGGAGGGGGGCAGAGGGGUGUCUCCUGCGGUCUGUUGGGAUGGACUGCCUGGAACACAGCGAGCCGGAAGAGCCUGCAAGUGGCACGAACCCAAGAAGAGAAACUGGAAUCUCAAUGCUGGUUUAAUUUAAACUAUUUUUAAGCAAUAUCAAGACUUCUUCCCGUGCGGGGGUGGGGGCGGGGGGGGGGGGGGUUGUGAUGGGCAGCCGGCGGGGCCUGCCAGAGGGCAUUGUUUUGCUGUUCAGCGCAAGGGAUCGUGCCCUGCCAUGUCUGCUCCGGGCCUUUGGCUCGGCUCCCUGAUCGUACCCCCCCCGCUUCCCGGGGCCGAAAUCCAUCCACAUCCUGCAGACUUGCUUCUCUCUCCCCACCCCCCACACAUGAAAGCUGGAACAUAUUUUGUAUAAUUGCACUUUUGGGGGUUGUCUUGUGUCUUCUCUCCACACUUCUCGGAGAGCAACCAGCUGCUUCCAGACCUUAAAUUUGAUAUAAAUAUGUAUGUAUGUGUAUUGAGUUACUGUAAAUAUAAGAAUAGACUGUU